UAAAAUCGAAAAUCUCCCGCUCUCUCUCUUCUCCGAUCAUCUCCCAUCUCCUCCGAUCUUCUCCGAUCGUCGCUGGCGCCGCCGGAAUAUAGUGUGAGACCAUGAAAUCACCUACUUGUGAAUCCAUUGUGGAAAUCGGGGUUAGUGAUAUGCCACCGACUCCUGAGGAACAAAGACAUAUCGUGACAGAGCUUACUCUCCAAGCUGACGAAAACUUUUUCCUUGUCUCAAACAGUUGGUAUACAAGAUGGAAAAAAUUUGUUGGUCUUCUCACAUCAGAAGAACUAUCUCGUGGAGAACCUUCAGAAGUUUCCAACCCCGGAGAAGUGUCUAAUCAUGAUCUACUUGACAGUAGAAAGGGUGCUAGUGAUCCACAACAUCGUAAAUUGUUGGUUGAAGGUGUUGACUUCAUUUUGGUUCCUGAAAAAGUUUGGAAAAAGCUUAUUGAAUGGUACAAGGGUGGUCCACCUAUACCAGAUAAAAUAGGCAGUGGUAUAACUGAUUGUGUAUUGGGUCUUCCUGACGAUCUGGUUCUCCAAAUACUUUUACGUGUACCAAAGAACGACGACCAGAUGCUCUCUUGCGUAUGUAGGAAGUUUCAACAUCUUGUACGCUCCAAUGAGCUUAAUAGGCUGAGGAGGAAACGUUCUGAAGAGUAUCUCUAAUCUCUUUCGUUAACAUGUCAACUCUGAGACGGUACUGGUAUACAGUGAGCCAAACUCAAGACGGGCAACAUCAAUUACUAUCUACUGAAGUUCCAGCCCUUGAUGCUAUUCGGUCAGUUAACAGCUCAGGUUUGGUACUAUAUCUAGUCUGUGGAUCUCAACGGCAACCUACACAUGUUUGGGCAUAUAACUGGUUAGAGAGAAACGUUAGGCCAUGUGCUAAAAUGCCUGUUCCAGUCGUCUUCAAAAGCUCGGGUAUGGUAGGCAAUAGGUUAUAUGUGACAGGAUGGCCUUACGAUGAUAAAAGGAUGUUCCAGAUAAAAGAUAGGGAGUUGCAGACUUAUUCACUCAAUAUCAAUAGCCAGACUUGGGAACCUACCCCUCUCUUUGUUGAGCCGUCUCAGGAAGGACCUUGCUUAACGACCAGAAUAACAUCAGUUGAUAACAUCUUGGUUGGGUAUGACAUGAACUUUGGUCUGAUGUGGUAUGAUGAGUUGGUAAAUCACUGGAAAAAAGUUUUAGACUUAAACUCAUUCAGUGCUAAGUCAGUAGCUGUUUCAGAGUACAAUGGGAAAGUUGUGGUUAUUUGGACAAAGCUGGGAGACAAUGGAGUAACGAAAAUCCUCUAUUGGACAACUAUCAAAGUGGAGAUGAUUACAGGAGGGUUGAGGGGAGUUGCUGAUCCAAGUUUCAUUGUUGCUGAGAUACCUCAAGAGUAUGAAUUCAGGUUCUUUGUUUCAAUGUUUGGUUAAAAUUCCUAUGUUUGCUCUCUUAGGUUUGGUAUGAGUUGUAUGACAAAACUAUAUUGAUGUGGGUUGAGAGAACAGGUGCCACUUGAUCGUUGAUUGUAAA